AUGUCGCUCCAUGAACGUCGCGUUGUUCCUACAGCUCGUCGAUCGAUUGUGGUGGACCCCACAAAACAACUUCAGACGACACGCAGCAGCAGCGGUCACAGCGAGAGCACAUUCGGGCACCCUCAGUCCACCAUCAGCGGAACACACUCAGACACCCAGCACCGGCAGACACAGGCGGGAGCGCCAGCCAACUUCACUCGGGAUAUCAAGCACGUGGGCAGUAGCCUACACCUGUAG